UCUCCCGCCCGUGUUUCGCGUUUACUAUGCGGGGCUCCAGCUUGCACUGAUUUCCUCAGGAAGCCGCGAGAGCAGAGCAGAGCCGAGCCGGGCUUCUGAGCACCGUUGGUUCCUCUUCAAUGUUGGUUCUUCGCCCCUCGUAGGAAUACCUGGCCGCUGCGUCGCCGGAGCCCUUCUCUUAGGCAAGCUCUUAAUUGAUGAACUACAACUGAACAUCUUGAUACUGCCCACUGACCUGUGUCUUUUGGAAAUGGAACCAAAAGUUGCCAGCCGUACAUCUGGCUUCCAACGAAGUUCAACAUCAGAUGAUGAUUCUGGAUGCGCCUUAGAAGAAUAUGCCUGGGUUCCUCCGGGUCUUAGACCAGAACAGGUUCAGCUUUACUUCGCCUGCCUGUCAGAGGAGAAGGUCCCAUAUGUUAACAGUCCUGGAGAGAAAUACCGAAUUAAGCAGCUUCUGUAUCAGCUACCACCCCACGACAAUGAGGUGCGAUACUGCCAGUCUUUAAGUGAAGAAGAGAAGAAAGAACUUCAGAUAUUUAGUGCACAACGUAAAAAGGAAGCACUGGGGCGAGGCUCAGUCAAAUUACUCCCUCAAGCAAUAAUGCAUGCACUUUGUGAACAGUGUGGUACAAAAAUAAAUGGAGGUGAAGUUGCAGUAUUUGCUUCAAGAGCUGGGCCUGGAGUGUGCUGGCAUCCGUCCUGUUUUGUAUGUUUUACAUGCAGUGAACUUCUUGUUGACUUAAUCUAUUUCUUCCAAGAUGGAAAAAUUCAUUGUGGUAGACACCAUGCUGAACUGCUCAAGCCACGAUGUUCAGCAUGUGAUGAGAUCAUUUUUGCUGAUGAAUGUACAGAAGCAGAAGGCCGUCACUGGCACAUGAAACACUUCUGUUGCCUUGAGUGUGAAACCAUCCUCGGAGGCCAGAGGUAUAUUAUGAAGGAUGGCCGCCCAUUCUGCUGUGGCUGUUUUGAGUCUCUUUAUGCAGAAUAUUGUGAGACUUGUGGGGAACAUAUAGGGGUUGAUCAUGCUCAAAUGACUUAUGAUGGACAACAUUGGCAUGCUACAGAAACUUGCUUUUCUUGUGCUCAUUGCAAAGUUUCGCUACUUGGCUGCCCCUUCCUUCCCAAGCAAGGACAGAUUUUUUGCUCCAAAUCAUGCAGCUUGGGAGAAGAUGUUCAUGCUUCAGAUUCUUCUGAUUCUGCUUUCCAGUCUGCUCGCUCAAGAGACUCCAGAAGGAGUGUUCGUAUGGGGAAAAGCAGUCGAUCAGCAGAUCAGUGCAGGCAAUCUCUCCUGUUGUCGCCAGCAAUGAACUACAAAUUCCCUGGUCUUUCAAGCACAGCUGAUAAUACACUUUCACGGAAACUGGAUGACUUAAGUCUUUCAAGGCAAGAAGUAAGCUUUGUUGAUGAAGAACUCUGGAAAGUAAGGGGAGAGGAAAUGCCUGAUGAUCCAGAAGAAUGGGCUGAGCAUGAAGAUUAUAUGACUCAGCUGCUCCUCAAAUUUGGUGAUAAAAACCUAUUUCAACAGCCAGUGGAAGCAAAUGUUAGAUCAAAUGAUCAGUGGAUUUGUGAGAACGUGGCUAAAGGGAGAUCGGAAUUGAAGAAAAAUAAUCAAAGCUUAGCAAGUAAGAAAUACCAGGCAAAUAUGUAUUGGGCACAAUCCCAAGAUGGCCUAGGUGAUUCUGCAUACGGUAGUCACCCAGGACCUGCUAGUAGCAGGAAAAUCCAAGAACUAGACAUGGAACACGGCACAACAAGAUACAAACAUGACCAAAAGCAAUGGUAUAAUGAUUCACUGGAGUGUUUGUCAAACCUGAAACAAGAGCAAUGUGUUCGAGACUCAAUGGAUUCCCUUGCUUUAUCUAACAUCACAGGUGCUUCUAUUGAUGAAAUCAAACCAAGACCUUCUCUGUACUCCUUUGAAACCUAUCAAGAGCUAGAGGUGGAGGAUUGUGAGAAAAUGAGCAACAUGGGAACAUUGAAUUCAUCAAUGCUUCAUAGGAGCACAGAGUCUUUGAAAAGUUUAAGCUCUGAAUUAUGUCAAGGUGAGACACUGCCAGAAGAAAAGUCAAUGCAUGUGCCAGUACUGAGAAGAUCCAAAUCACAGACUAGGCCUCAGCAAGUGAAAUUUUCAGAUGAUGUCAUUGAUAAUGGAAACUAUGACAAUCUUGACAUUCGCCAACCUCCUAUGAGUGAAAGGACUCGCAGACGUGUUUAUCAGUUUGAAGACCAUGGAAAGAGACAUCAUCGAAGGAGUAGAAAAUCUCGAUCUGAUAAUGCACUUCAUCUGGUUGCAGAAAGAAAACCUUAUCCAAAAGAAAGGUUUAAUUUUUAUUCCCCUCAGGAUUAUGAUACGUUUAUUCAGAAUAAAAGUCCUCAGGCAGUUCGGGCAUAUACUCCAACUUCUUUCAGCCAUUAUAAUCAUAUUGCUCCUGACUAUGCAAUGGGGAAACAGAGAGAUCAGUUUUUUGGAUUUUUGGGUGAGGAAGAAGAUUCUUGGUACUCAUCUUCAUCAUCUUCAGAUUCUGAAGAGGAAGGAUAUUUCUUAGGACAACCCAUCCCACAGCCAAGAUCAGUGAGAUAUCCCUGCUAUACAGAUUUUGUUUCUAGUCCAAGUGCUGAACUUCCGACUUCCCAAUUUAGACAGAUAACAAAAUCUAAAAAAAGGAAAGCACACAAAGGCAAAAACUGUAUAAUUUCUUAAAAUUUACUGCUUAUAAACUUCGUGCCUACACUGUGUUUCAAAUCUUGUUUAUGUAAACAAUCUAAGCAAAGCCUGUAACAUGGACAGUCUUUGUCCAUGUUGUCUGUCAAGACUUUGAAAGCAAUUGAAGACACUACAUCAAAAUAAAAGAAACUUUUGAUAUUGAUUAGCUUAUUUAAAACUAUUCUGGUUUGCAUACAACUUGAGAUUCAGGAAAAUAAACUAAAUAACUUCAGAAAUUCUCCCUCUGAUUAUAUGAAAGGAGUAUGUGAGUGCCAGGCUCAAGACACAACCUUCCUUGUUUAUAGAUAUAUUACUAAAGCAGAUAUGAGUCUGUUACUUUGGGUUUUAUUGGACUCUUAUUCCCAUCAACCCCUGCUAGCAUGGUCAGUAUGGAUGAUGGAAACUGGGCAGCUUUUAACACAGAUAGGCACUAUGAAGAAUUAGGAUUAUAUACAGCUCCUGGCCUAAUUUCAAAAGUCUUCUAUUUUGUAGGCAGAAGCAUACAUUUUAUUAAAAUAUAUUUUGCAAAGGAUCAGUUCAGGCUUCUGGCAAAAACAAGCUGUCCAAUCUAACCUGUCCCUUCAAAAAAACGAAAGAAAAAUGAUAGUCCUACUCAUGGCAUGAAGCUUCAGAGAGACUAUUACCCUCUGAGGGAGUAUGACCAUUGACAGUAAUGAUUGCCCAUUUAAUGUCAUGUGCAUAUAAUUCAAUUCUGCAUCCCUGUUUAUCCUAUAUAUCCAUUUAAUGUAACCCAACCAUUUUGAUGCCAAGCAACAAUUACCAGUUUCUGUGCUGGACAUUAAACUGCUUCUUACCAAAUUGACUAUUCUUUUUUAUCUUCAUUGGAGUGAAUCUCACUCAGGCAAAUUUUGCUUAAUCUAAUAUCCACGGCGUGUAAAAACUAUUUAAUGUGAUGUGAGCUAAUAGUCCUGCUUUCAAAAUUAAUGAAACGUCACUGAAUCUGCUUAUAUUAAAAACUGUUAUGAAAAUAAGUGAGAAUCCUGUAUAUUUGGAACAGUAUCUCAAGUUUCAAAUGUAGUAUAUGAGCAGCAAUUAGAGUUAACAGAGAUUUAUAAUGUAGUAUUUUGCAGUUUCCUGUAGUCAUAAUUUGUGCAAAUAAUGUAUAUAUUGUAAAAUUAAGAUUUAUCAGACUAUUUUUAUAUUCUUAGAUUGCAAGGCAUUUGUUUAAAAUGCACAAAUAAUUUUAUUGGAAGGUUUAACAUCAGUUUGGUUUAGGCAGGAGUUUGUUAAAUAUUCAUAUAUUUAUAGUGAAAUGUUUAAUUUUUGAUAGUAAAGCUCUGUUUGCAUGGUAGAGUUAUGUAAAUAAUGUUUCAGCUAUGGUUCUCAACAUAAAGGAAUUAUUUAUGGGUCAAUAAACUUUAAAUUGUGUAAGUUAAACCAAUACAACUGGCAUAUAUAAAUUCAACAAACCAUUAUACUUUAACCUAAACUUCAGUGCUACGUUUUAAACCUUAAAUAUGAUAAUGUAUUUCUGUUAAAAGGUGAUUUAGACAGGGUACACUAUUAUAUACUGCUUGGAUAAGUACCAGUACAUGAAGGCUGCUGAGCCAUUCUGAAGACUGUGUUAAUCUCACCCUACUUUGACAUCAGAUUAAUAAAUGCCCCCAUGUAUUCUUCUAACAACCCCCCCCAAAUGAAUGUUUUCAUAAUAAGCCCAAUGUUGUUAUUUUUUUUUUUAAUCUGCGCUCAGUCGUUACC